AUGGAUGCACCGUCGCCAAUCCCUCAGCGGCCUCAGCAUCGCGAUGUACAUUCCGAUUGCUGGCCAGGGCCCUCCAAGUACGCAAGAUGUUGCGUGAGGCUGGAUGCCGCAUGCUUCGACGGAGUCUUGACGCAUGAGAGAUGCUGCGGCGAAGCGAAGCAGGCGAAGCGCGUCAGUUGGUGGGGUGGCCAGGAGGUUCGCAGUUUUGCGCACCUGGCCCUCUUUGUCAUCCAGCAGCGUCUGGGCUGUUUUCCCAGCGCUAGCUUGGACAUGGCGAGCUGCUGUGGCAGCCCUGCAUCGACACACCUGGGCUUCGAUUGUUGGGAUGGUGGCUUCUCAAGAAAGCACUGCUGUGGCCACCUUUCUGAGCUGUCGCAGAUCCCGCUCAAGCCUUCCGAAUGCUUUGUGGGAAGUGACUACACCUUCGAGAAGUGUUGUAGCACUCGGGACGCGGGCAUGCUGCUGGGCUGCUGGGAUUUUCGCUUCAGUUACGAGAAGUGCUGCAUUAACAAGGGUGCUGAGGCGGUCAGCUUGGUGUCCGUGAAUAACCUAACUGCACUGCUGGCAGCCAAAAGUCGUGGCAUGUGCGAUCGUGGCCUGACCCUGCGUCACUGUCAACGACACUGGCGGCAGGUUGUGGCAGGCGUGCCGGCGCUCGUGUCGAACAAGGUUGGACGCUACGCGCGACAUCUGGCAGAGUACUGGCGGUCACGCAAUCUGCUCGAAGAUGUUGCGCAGGCAGCUCCUGGCUUUGCCGUCAGCAUCGCCUUGCAUGCAGCUGCUUACAUAUUGGCAGAAUGGCGAGGGGGCUUGCACGAGCCAUACUUCGCUUUCCAACACGUGGCGACGUAUUUGAAGUUGUAUAGGGAACAUGUGGGGCGAGUCGAUCUCAAGGACAUGACAAGCCAGGCUGGCGGCCUCCGGCUGGCUGAUUUGGACGAGGCCAUAUCCAUUCUGGUGCAGCAGUCCUUCCCCACUUCGCUCGACGUCGCACAGCGUGAGCGGAUUAUUGACUUGCACACGCGCGUGUCAUCCUCGUGCUUUGGCGACGGCCACAACCCAUGCAGCAUUUCAAGGCGCCGAUCCGGCGAAUGCGAGGGAAUCCAGCGGCUGCGGAUUAGUGAACAAACGCACGCGCCCAAAAGCAAGGCAUCCUGGACUCGGACGAUUGCUGAUGGAGCCGAGGCUGAGGAUAUUGCAGGCUUUCUCUCGAACAGGCUCUUGAAGAUUGUGGUGAGUGUGCAUGAGAGCAGGUCCCCAGUCAAGGGCAAGACCUUGGACUUGGGCCUCUCACCGGCCAUGGCUCUCGCGUGCCUGUCAAGAUGGCAGCGGCUAAAUGCAGCUUUGAAGGUUUGCAGCUCCUCCAGUCAGUGGCAAAGUGCGCUGCAGCAGGGGGGGAUGGCGGCGUGUGCUGGCAUCCAGGAAAAUGCGGCCACUCGAACCACGCUCACAUCGAUUCUGCGAGAUGUGCAGCGUUGGCAACGUGUUCUGCUACGCUUCAGCCGGCAGUGGAGAAGUGUUUCCUUCGACGAAAUUGAACUACGCACGGUCGUUGGCGCGGUGAGUCAGGAAAGAAGUUCGUGGGCGCUUGUGAAUGCUUUGCUCUGCGCUCUCCAGCAGGACCUGCUGGAGCCAAGCAGCGGGCUGAUAUCCAGCGUUCUCGUAAACCGCGACUGCUGGCAGGUCGCGAUUCUGUCGUCGCGUUCUACGAAUUUGAUUCUUCGAACAGCAGUGGUGGGAUUGUGCGCCCGGACCGGCCAGUGGACACGCUCUUUAAGUCAUGUUUGGCAGAUGCGCGACAUCAAGUUUAGCCUCAAUGACCGGACUCUCGUAGCAGCCAUCACGGCCUGGAAAGCGGCAAAGCGCUGGCCGGAUGCCAUCGGCAUGCUCAGUUCAGGGGGGAGCCUUGUGCAAACUGCGGGAGCCAACAACAUCCCCUACACUGCAGCGAUGAGUGCUUGCGAGACCUGCACUGCUUGGUGGGCAGCCGUCAGCCUACUCCCAUCACUUGCAGGCCGCCGCGUGCCGACAUCGAGCGUUACUUGCAAUGCCGUCAUAUGUGCCCAACGCAGAAGUGGAGAGUGGUCACAGAAUGUGGCCUUGCUGGAAUGCAUGAAGGUGAUGGCCUUCCGACCGGAUAUGAUGACCAGCUCCAUCUUGCUGACUGGGGAAGGUCGGCUCGCUUGGAGCGCUGCAAUCCGGCUCUUCAAUUUCAUGCAGUGGAGAGGAGUCAGAAGCACCUCUUGGCUGUCGCUGCGGUGUGCCGCUCUUGCACGCUGGCGCAUUAUGUGCAGCUUGCUUGGCAAACGAUGGGCGAGGGACGCCAGCGAGGAGCAAGCCGGGCAGUUGGUUGAUCUUUGUGCAGAAGCCUCGUGGCGUCUCGGAGCUGCCAUGGUCGUCGAGGCUGCGAGCUUCUCUUUGCGUCCAAACCUGAUGACUUCCACGCCGAUCGUGGCUGCGGCAGGGAGGACCGGUGAUUGGCAGAUGUCCCUAGUCUUCCUGGCCGAGGCCUCGGACAGGGUGGACUCCGUAGCAAACUGCGCUGCUGCAACUUCCUGCACGGCUUCAACAUAUUGGUCACAUGCUCUUGGGCUUCUUCGCUCGGUGCCUUGCACGCGGCUACCUCUGGACAUUGCAGGUGAGAGCGCCACUGCAAUGGCUCUGGAAGCUGGAUCUGCGUGGCAGCUAUUGAUACAGCAGAUUGGACAAGCCGCGUGGCUGCGUGGAGACAUUGGUUUCUGCUGCUCUGUGUCUGGAGCGUGUGAGAAGGCCAGCAAGUGGGCGAAGGCUCUAUGGAUGGCAACGCAUUUCCAUUGGCUCCGCGUUUCGGAAAGAAUUGCAUGCAACUCGUGCUUAACAUCUUGCAGACGCAGCGGUUGCUGGGAACUAACAUUGCGAAAUUGGAUUGGUUUCGAGGACGGGUUUCAAGACAUUUUGACCUUGGCGUUGGGUGUUGACCUGUUGGACAAGUGGGAUGUGGUUGACAAUGACGCUGAGCUCAUGGUAUUUCUCGAAGGCACGUUCUGGAGAGAUGAAGGUGCCAGAAUUUCACUGGAACUGCAGGCUCGUGAUUGGCCACCAUGUCUCUUGCAGUUUUAUCGGAAGCUGGUGUGUAUCAGCAUGUCACAUGGGUAUCCUGUCAAGCUCGAGUUCUAUUUCUUCGGCAAGGACAUCGCAUCCGGAACCAUCUCCAAUUCACCCGACAAGGAGGAUGUUGGAAGAUAUCCGCUGCAGGCAUGGGGUGGGCAGAUGCCGAUGGACAUUGUGUACCCCUUUACAACUUGCCGCCUGGGCGAAACUGGAAGGCCGGUGAAAUGCCCUGCAAAGGCGAUGGACUUGUUGUACCACUGGAAUUCUGUAGAAGGUGUUGGCGAGUACGUGAGAGACAGCAGAGAUGCUUUGGUCAACAUGCCAGGCAAGAACGGGUUGCCAAAAGAAGAUUGGUGCAUUGCGCUGCCGGUGGUGACGCAAGACCGUGACUUCUCAGACCCGCGGAACUCAAGGCUCAUUGAGCAAGGCCUAAAUGCCGAAGACCUUCGGCUUCUGGAAGGAUAUGCUGAUGCUCUGCGCAGAGACGGUUAUGCAUCUUUCGCGAAGCAUUUGCAGGAUGGGUCGUGUCAACGACGGCAAGACAGUAUUCUACGUGGAGAUCAAUUUGUUGGGCUCGCUGCAGGAGGGGGUAAGGUGCGAGACGACAACCAUCCGGGGUUCGGUUGA